AACGAAUUUCAUGGCUGUGAGGUUGGUGACCCUUUGGAGCUUUAGGCAAGAGCUUUGGCCCCCGACUUUUCUUCUACGCAGCAACUAGAAUGCACUCUGCAUGGAUGAUCCACACUCGGCUUAGCAAAUUGAAAGUGCAAUUGGAAGCGUGCGAUCCGAAAAGGUUUCCGAAUUCAGGUCUGCCCGACGACGGAAGCAACGAUCGUGGUCCCAUACACUAAUUAGAUUAGAUUAGACAAACCUGAUUAGUGUGCUGUCGCAUUGUGGGGGGGAUUGGUCGGGGUAGGGAAGGGCCGCGAGCUCGUGCUGUCGAUUCUUUGUUUGUCUUCUCAGAUAAAUUUGUGUAGAGCGUAAAGCUCGAAGCUUGCAGAGAAACGUACUUGCUUUGCGUUGUGGCUAAAUUAUAGAAAAAAAGGAAGUAGGCGUGACGCAAGUGGAAGCUACCAGCCGCACGACCACACCCGCGCAAUCGACUCGGGAGUUGUUCAAUUACGGCCUUAUUUUGGUGCAUUUAUUUGCCGAGUUGUUUUGCGGAUCAGCUGUGUACAUUUCGUGUCUCAAUUCGCUUGCGAGACAACAUGCAGAAGGCACAACAACGCGGUCUCUGCUGGAUGCUGCUUGUGCUGGGGUCCCUGAUCCUCACCUUCACGCUGGCCUUCAGUUACUGGAUGUUUGUUCCACGGGAGGUGAACUUCUGGUCGCUGAUUUCGCAUAAUUACAGCGGACCAGGACAAAAGGGAAUGCUACCGGACAUGGUUCCAGCGGGACUCAAGCUGAAGCACGGGCCACCCUUCGUUUACCAGAUAUUACAUUAGUCCAAAUACACACAACAGGUUAUAUGUGCUACAUA